AUGUCGAUGCCGAAGCCACAGGCGGACCUGACACUGCCCAAGCACCUCUACAAAAGCCGCAGCGGCCCUAUCGCCGACGACGAGUAUCCCCCCCACUUAAAGCUGAGCAAAGAAUGCCUAGACAGGAAGAACAUCUUCGCGGAGUUCAAGAGGGCGACGCCGCCGAGACAGAUGAUGGCAAAGAUGUUGGAGAUGAGACAGAACCAGAGGCCUACGCUGGAGAGGAAGGAUUCAGCGCAAAAAGACCAGGACAAGGCGGAGGAGAAGAAA